CAGAACUUCUCUGGAAAAGCCAAUGCACGUGAAUUGUCAGAAUGAUACUCACUCGGAAAAGUAUAAAGACGCUUGCGAGGAAGCUGGCCGGACUAGUCAACAUACCUGCAACCUACCUGUCUCGUGGCUGGCCGGUCACCGAUCGACGAUCUACCCUCGAUGUCUCUUAGGUCGAACCUUGGACCCUUCCGACAUUUCAAUGUCUCGUUCCCACAAGAGCGAAUUCUUCAGGUCACGCUGGACAGACCGGAGAAGCUCAAUUGUAUCGACAAAGCCACCAGCCGGGAAAUCCAGGGUGUCUGGGACCUCUUCGACCAAGAUGAAAGGCUAUGGGUCGGCAUCAUCACCGGCGUCGGUCGAGCGUUUUGCACUGGGGCCGAUUUGCAGGAGUGGAACGAGAUGAACAAGGCGGGGGUGGUCAACGACAUGGCUGCACCAGGCCUUGCUGGGUUGCCCCGUCGAAAGGGCAAGAAGCCGAUCAUCGCAGCUGUAAAUGGCAUAUGCAUGGGUGGAGGAUUUGAGAUGGUCGCCAACUGCGAUUUGGUAAUAGCCUGGUCUUGGGCGAUAUUCUCCCUACCUGAGGUGAAGCGAGGGAUAGUACCUGUGGCGGGGUGUCUACCACGCCUGACGCGCACCAUCGGACUGCAACGCACCACCGACCUUGUACUGACAGGCAGGAAUGUGAGCGCCAAGGAGCUUCAUGAAUGGGGUCUUGUUAGUCGAGUGGUGGAGUGUGCUGCAGAUGUUGUUCAUGCUGCGGUCCAAGUCGCUCAGGACAUGUGCAGAAACAGUCCCGAUGCGCUGAUCGUUGGUCGGCAGGGGAUUCGUUUGAGUUGGGAAGCGAGCAGUGUGGAGGAUGCUGUGUCGAGUCUGGCUGAUGGUUGGUACCCUCGUCUGAUGCAUGGGACCAACUUUGGUGAAGGUAUCCGGGCGUUUGUGGAGAAGAGACCACCGAGAUGGGAGAAUUCGAAGCUAUGAGCAGAGAAAAAUCUAAUCUAAACUAAUCAGAUGUGCAUAUCUAGCGUGUCGUGAGUGGGAUGUGUAGAAUGAGCAUGGAUGAGGCACGGAUGAGGGUCAAGGUGUUGUCAUGGACGCGGGAUGGUUUCCACCAUGAGAAAAUUUUUAUCUUAUCAGAUGAUGUAAAAUGC